AUAUCUGACGCUAAAGCUGUUGCCAAACAGGGAGAAAUUCGACAAGCUUUGGAGCUGUUCAAACAGGCGUACAGUAUUCAUCAAACUCCCAAACUAGAGAGCAGGAUAAAGAAAAUCGAAGAACUCCUGGCAGAGAAUGACCUGGAGAAUAAAGACGAGGAGUUUGUCAACGUGAACAACAGCGGCUUAAUGCUGUUUAAAGAAUUGCAUGACAAACUGUACGACUACCAGAGAGAUGGGGUUUCCUUUCUCUACGGCCUCUACAGGGAUGGUCAUAAAGGAGGAGUUCUGGCUGACGACAUGGGUCUCGGGAAGACCAUCCAGAUCAUAUCUUUCCUCUCCGGCAUGUAUAACAACAAGCUGAUAAGACACACUCUUCUGGUCAUGCCGACAUCCCUCAUCACAAACUGGAUCAAGGAGUUCAGUAAUUGGACAACUGGGAUUAGGGUGAAGCAAUUUCAUGGCAUCAGUAAAGCAGAGAGGACCAGGAGUUUGGAGAAGGUUCAGAGCAGAGGAGGUGUGAUCAUCACCACCUACACCAUGCUGCUGAACAACUGCCAGCAGCUUGCCUCUUAUCGAGGAAAGGAGUUCUGCUGGGACUACAUCAUCCUGGACGAAGCACACAAGAUUAAAAACUCUUCCACCAAAACAGCCAAAAGUGUCUACGCCAUUUCCUCCAAGAACAGGGUUCUCCUCACAGGAACUCCGGUGCAGAACAACCUCAGGGAAAUGUGGACACUCUUUGACUUUGCUCUGCAGGGAUCUCUGCUGGGAACAGCAAAGACUUUCAAGACAGAGUAUGAGAACCCCAUCACCCGCGCCAGAGAGAAGGAUGCGACUCCUGGAGAGAAAGCUCUUGGCUCCAGAAUGUCCGAGAACCUCAUGACCCUAAUCAAACCGUACUUUCUCCGUAGAACAAAAUCAGAAGUGCAGAAGAAGAAGACUGAAGGUAAAGAGGCAAACUCAGAACCCGAUGGCCACCUAGACCCUGAAGAUCCGCCGUCCUCUGGUGCAGUCAUGCCCAAACUCACCCGUAAGAACGACUUGAUUGUCUGGACCUACCUGAGUGCCGUUCAGGCAGAGAUUUACAGGCAGUUCAUCAGUUGUGACCACAUCAAGGAGCUGCUAAUGACCACCCGAUCACCUCUGGCUGAACUGAACAUCAUCAAGAAGUUGUGUGACCAUCCAAGACUGCUUUCUGCCAAUGCUAUUGCGAAUUUUGGUCUGGGUGAAAAUCAUGAGGGUGAAAACAGUCAGACUGCUGCUCACAGCAUCGCAAAUGUUUCAGAUGAAACCUUAAUAUCGGAGUCUGGAAAACUUGUCUUUCUGCUGGCUCUUCUGGAGCAGCUCAGAGAGGAAGGUCACCGAACGUUGAUCUUUUCUCACUACAGGUUGGUCCUCGACAUCCUCGAACGGAUCCUCGGCAACAGAGGGUUUAAAGUCCUGAGACUGGAUGGAAGGAUCACGCAGAUCGCAGAACGAGAAAAGCUGAUCUCACGCUUUCAGUCAGACAAACGUUACUCCGUUUUCCUCCUCACCACUCAGGUUGGAGGCAUGGGAAUCACCCUGACGGCGGCGAGCAGAGUAGUCAUCUACGAUCCGAGCUGGAACCCGGCCACAGACGCUCAGGCUGUGGACAGAGUGUACCGCAUUGGCCAGAAAGAAAACGUAGUGAUCUACAGACUGAUAACCUGUGGAACGGUGGAGGAGAAGAUCUACAGAGGGCAGGUUUUCAAAGACUCCUUGAUGAAGCAGAACACUGGGGACACAAAGAACCCGUUCAGGUACUUCAGCAGACAGGAACUGAAGGAGCUCUUCACCCUGGAGGACCCAAGGUCUUCCACCACCCAGCUUCAGCUGCAGGCUCUGCACUCAAGGCAUAGAAGAACCGACCCAGCUCUGGAUGAGCACAUUGCUCGCCUACAUGCUAUGCACAUGUUUGGGAUUUCCGACCACGACCUCAUGUUCUCACUCGAAAUUGACCAUGAUGAGGAACUUGAAAAUCAGGAAAUGCAUCACUAUAUUCAAGAGCGGGUACAGAAGGCUCAGGAGCUGAUGAAGGAAGAGUCUGAAUUGCAGAUACAGUUGGUGUUGAGCACAGAACCAGCAUGGCUGAGACAAACGAUGGACACCGACGGCAGAGAGAAUCUAAAGAAAAAGAACCAAAAACCUCUAAAAUCAAAACCAACUUUAAACCCACAACCCGGUAAAAACUUCUCCAACUCCACGGUGGGUUUUGAGGUGGAAAUGGAUCAGUCUGGUUCAGAAAGAAACGAGCCACAGCAGAAUAUGAGAGUUGAAGUUACUGAUCUGUCUUCUGACGCUUCGCCUCAGAAACAGUCUGUUGAUGUCCGACAACUGAUGGAGAAGUCUCCAGGAAGUGAUGGCAGCCUCCAGAUUAACUCAAGUGACCGCAGCGUUGGACCCAACAGAACCUGUCCCUGUGAGGCGGACUUAACUCACAUCAGUCCUGUGCCGAACAGAACAGCUUCUGACGCCUCCAGCAUUAGAGCAGAGAUGUGCAGAGAGAGCAAUGAAGCCUCUGAGGGAAACUUUAACCCGGAGCCUGGCGACUUUGUUGUGGAGGAUGCUGAAACUGAGGAAGAGGAGCAGAAGCUGCUGUCUCGACUUCAGAUGAACGGAAGCUUUGAUGUCAGCAGGUCUCUGUCAGAGAGUCGGCACAAAGAGUUCAGCAACAGCCGAGGCUCAGCUAUGGACGAGUCCGUGAAGGAUUUGAGCUUCACUGCCAAGAAGCAAAGAGCCACAGACAUUUCUGGCAGAGUUGAAGAUGAUGAAGAGCAACAGAUAACGAGUCUGCAGGACAACCCAUUUCAGAUGCUUAGAACCUCCACACCUAAAUCAGUAGCUUCUGGGUCUCCUGCCCACCAUGUGAGAACCACUGCUGAAGAAAAUGCCGCAGAUAUUUCCCAUCAUUCCCCCCUCCAGUCCACCAUUAAGACCGCCAAUACUCUGGAAAUACAGGAGGAGGAAAGUAAACAUGACGAAGGCAGCGGGAUUUCAGGGAAAGCCGUUCUGUUGCCUUAUAAAGAACCUCAAUCAGAGAUAUUCCUGGAGACUGAAACCCCAGAGGAGGAUGAUGUGGCUGUAGGCAGGUUCUCCCUGGACAGCACAUACAUCCUGGAAGAGGAUGAGGAGGACAGCAGUGAUGAUGCUGAGAUGGAGAAAGAUGUGGAUGAACUCAGUGAUUCAUUAGAGUCAAAUGCAAAGGGGAAACACGAAGACGUGACUGAUUCAAGUCAGCAGAUGGCUGACACCAGUACAGAGGAAGAGGGGGAGGAGGAGGAGGAGGAAGUGUUUGGAUUGGAUGAAGAAGAGGGAGAGGAGGCAGAUGAGGAGUCAGAGUGGGAAACUAUGGAGGGCUUUGAGCAAGAUGAGUCAGAGAUGCAAACGGACAAAACAAGGGAGGAGGCAGAGGAAGAGAUGCUGGAGUGGGAGAAUGAGGAGACACUUGAGAAAGAGGAGUCUGACAAGGAGGCAGUAGAGGAGGAGAUACAAGAUGAGAAGCCUGGGGAGGAGGUGCAAGAAAAUGAUCUCCAAGAAGAGAAGACUCAGGAGGAGUCUGAGGAGAAGGUGAUGGAGGGUGAGACCAAAGAGUGGGAACCUGGAGAGGACUUUAUGAGUCAGGAGGAAGAGUCUGAAAAACAGGAGACACAAGGAGGGGAGCUGCAAAUGGAGGAGUUGGAGGAGACAGAGGGGAUAAUAGAGGAGGGUGUGCAAGAGAACAACUCUGAAGAGGAAGAGAAGACUCCAGAGGAGGAGUUUAAUGAGCAGGAACUGAUGGACAAAAUGUCAGAACGUGAUGUCACCCUCAUGCCGAUCCCAGCAGAGGAGAACCCUGGACUGAGCAGAACCUCUGACUCUAAGACAGAGAUAGAUCCCAUCAGUCCUCAGCAGAGCAGAAGACUCCCUGACCUCCAGGAGCUCGUCUUCAGCUUCAACACAGAACAAUCCAGAGAAAGCAACGAGUUUGAAUCAGUUGAUGGAAACUUUGUGCUACAGCUGCAGGACAGUUAUGAUGUCCAGGAGGAUGAAGAGGAUGGAGAAGAAGAGCAUGAUAAAGUGUCUGAACCUCAGGACAGAGAUGUUGAUGUAAGUAAAUCUCUGCCAGAGAGUCUGCAGACCAUCCACAGCUGCCUGGCCUCAGCCUCAGACAAGUCCAGCGAUGAACAUCUGGAGAUGCCCCACAUAAAGAGUCCAGCUGACGACUCCGUUCAGGUGUAUGAAUUCUCCACACCUCAGUCAGGCUCCUCUGGAACGUCUCCUCACCAGCUGGGGAACAGUGUCAGAGGGACUAACAUCAAUGCUCAGGACUUCAAGGAGGAACGUGAGGAUAGCAAAGAUGAUCGUGGUAGUUAUGCUCCAGAGAAGAUCUUCCAUUUGACUGGCAAAGAACCUCAGUCAGAAGACACUGUCAACACAGGGGAGGAGGAAGAUGCUGCUGUGGACAAGUCAUCCCUGGAAAACACGUCUACCCCGGAAGAGCAAGAAGACAAGGAGGACAACGAUGAAGAGGUGGACACACAUGGUGAUGAAGAUGAGAUGUCCGAGUCAAACUCUAAGGGAAGGCUGGGAGAAGAUGUGAUUGAUUUAAGUACAAAUCAGCUUCAGCUGGAUGGAAGAGAAGAGGAGUUUAAGGAGGAUGAGAUGCAACACAAGGAUUCUGAGGAAGAGGAGGGGACAGAGAAGUCAGAUGAAGAUGUAGAGGGUGACUCACAAGAAGAGGAGACUCCAGAGAAAGUGUCUGAGGAGGAAGAGACACAAGAUGAAACUCAGGAGAGGGAGUCUGAAGAAGAAUAUAAGGAGGAGGGGUCUGAGAAGGAGGAGAACCAAGAGGGGAGGUCUGAGGAGGCCCAGGAGGUGCUAAAGGAGGUGCUGCAAGAGGGCAAUCCAGAAGAUGACAAUUCCCUAAAAAGGAUGACUCAGAAAGAGCCUGCAGAGGACGUGGACCGAAGCCUAGAAGAAGCUGGUCCGAGACAAACAUCCCAAAGAAAGACUUCUCAGGAAAACCAAAGUGUCUCACUUCCUGAGCCUGAAGACGAGCUCCAAACUGCCCCUGAAGAGGCAGCAAUGGGUUGGUCUGCUUCUGGAGAAGAGGAACAGCAGCAGAAUCUGAUUGAUCCAGAUUUUAACCACUCUGGUGCUUCCUGUCAGCAGGACUCCGCUGAUGUUGGGAAACCGAUGGACAAAUCUCCAGGAAGUGAAUCAAACCUCCUGCAGAUUACAGCAGAUGACGACAACGAUGUUUUUAUCACAACUUCUCAGACGGAGAUGAUGAAUAUACAAGACCUCCGUUCUCCCCAGAGCAGACGAUAUCCUGACAUUCAAUCGUCUGAAUCCACCUUCAAAGCAGAACCAUCCAGCCUGAGCGCUGAGCUUCAACCUGCCAACAAAAACCUCGGCCUACAGCAGAAGGACCUCUACGACCAUCUGGAGGAUGCAGAAACUGAGGAAGAAUCCAGGGUGGCCACCAAUAAGGUACAAAACUCCGUGACUGAUGGGAGCUAUGGAGAACGUCAGGAGAACCAGACACUGGAUCCAGUCAACACCAGCUUUCAGGUGCGUGAAUUCUCCACACCUCAGUCAGGCUCCUCUGGAACGUCUCCUCACCAGCUGGGGAACAGCGUCAGAGGGACUAACAUCAAUGCUCAGGAUUUCAAGAAGGAACAUGAGGAUAGCAAAGAUGGUCAUGGUAGUUAUGCUCCAGAGAAGAUCUUCCCUUUGACUGGCAAAGAACCUCAGUCAGAAGAUACUGUCAACACAGGGGAGGACAAAGAUGCUGCUGUGGACAAGUCAUCCCUGGAAAACACGUCUACCCCGGAAGAGCAAGAAGACAAGGAGGACAACGAUGAAGAGGUGGACACACAUGGUGAUGAAGAUGAGAUGUCAGAGUCAAACUCUAAGGGAAGGCUGGGAGAAGAUGUGAUUGAUUUAAGUACAAAUCAGCUUCAGCUGGAUGGAAGAGAAGAGGAGUUUAAGGAGGAUGAGAUGCAACACAAGGAUUCUGAGGAAGAGGAGGGGACAGAGAAGUCAGAUGAAGAGGUGAUACAGGAGGAGGAAGUAGUAAAGGGUGACUCCCAAGAAGAGGAGACUCCAGAGAAAGUGUCUGAGGAGGAAGAGACACAAGAUGAAACUCAGGAGGGGAAGUCUAAGGAAGAAUAUAAGGAGGAGGGGUCUGAGAAGGAGGAGAACCAAGAGGGGAGCUCUGAGGAGGCCCAGGAGGUGCUAAAGGAGGUGCUGCAAGAGGGCAAUCCAGAAGAUGACAAUUCCCUAAAAAGGAUGACUCAGAAAGAGCCUGCAGAGGACGUGGACCGAAGCCCAGAAGAAGCCGAUCCGAAACAAACAUCCCAAAGAAAGACUUCUCAGGAAAACCAAAGUGUCUCACUUCCUGAGCCUGAAGACAAGCUCCAAACUGCCCCUGAAGAGGCAGCAAUGGGUUGGUCUGCUUCUGGAGAAGAGGAACAGCAGCAGAAUCUGAUUGAUCCAGAUAUUAACCACUCUGGUGCUUCCUGUCAGCAGGACUCCGCUGAUGUUGAGAAACCGAUACACAAAUCUCCAGGAAGUGAAUCAAACCUCCUGCAGAUUACAGCAGAUGACGACAACAAUGUUUUUAUCACAACUUCUCAGACGGAGAUGAUGAAUAUCAAAGACCUCCGUUCUCCCCAGAGCAGACGAGUUCCAGACAUCCAACCGUCUGAAUCCACCUUCAAAGCAGAACCAUCCAGCCUGAGCGCUGAGCUUCAACCUGCCAACAGAAACCUCAGCCUACAGCAGAAGGACCUCUACAACCAUCUGGAGGAUGCAGAAACUGAGGACGAAUCCAGGGUGGCCACCAAUAAGGUACAAAACUCUGUGACUGAUGGGAGCUAUGGAGAACGUCAGGAGAACCAGACACUGGGUCCAGUCAACACCAGCUUUCUGGUGCUUGGAUGCUCCACACCCAAACCAGAACCGUCUGGUAGAUCUCCCCCACAACUGAGAAAAAGUGCUGAAGGAACCAUGUCUGGGCUUUCCCACCAUUCCCUCCUCCAGCCCUUCAACACCAACAUCGGUGCUCAGGAUAUCCAUGGAUUGGAGGUCAGGGAAGAUGAAGAUGUUCUAGAGAAGAAAGUCCUCCCUUCAACCCGUAAAGACUUUCAGUCCGAAGAGUUAACUCAAGAGAACAUACAUGCUGGAGUUGGCAAAGGUGAUCUUCAGGGUUACUCCCACAACAUGAGGUUUAUUCUGGAAGAAGAUCAUGAUGCUGAUGAGAAGAAGACAGAGAAAGAUAAAGACUGUGAGAUAUCUGAAUGGAGCUCUGAGAAAAAAGAGGGUGAAGAUUCAACAGACACAGAGAUUCGGCUGCAUGAAAGCAGCGGAGAGGAAGAGUUUAAGGAGGAUGAGAUGCAAGAGGAAGGGUUGGAGAAGAAGGAAGAGGAAAGACCAGAGAAGCGAAGUGAGGAGGACACCCAAGAAGCAGAGAAUCAAAACGAGGAUUAUGAACAAGAGGAACCGCAAGAGGUUCAGGCCCAAGAAUCCAAAUCUGGGGACGAAGAGGAGUCUGAGGAAGAGAAGAUAGAAAUGGAGGGGUUUGAGAAUGAGACAGAGAAUGAAAUGCAAGAGGAGGAGGAGGACAAGUUGAUGCAAGAAGGGGAGUUGAACAUUGAGAAAGAUGAGAUGCAAGAGGAAGAGUCUAAUGAAGAGGAGGGCUCAGAAGAAGAGGAGAUACAAGUGAAGAUGAGAGAAAAUGACAUCUGGGGGACUGAAGCUGGGGAGUCACAAGUUGACGUGUCUGAGGAGCCAGAGGAGGAAGUUCAAGAGGAGGAUGAAACCCAGGAAGCUGAGACUGAGAAAGAUGUGCCGAAGGAGAGGGAAUCACUAGAGGUCAAGAGUCCGGAUCUGGAGACCGAGGAAGAGAAAAGGCAGGAGGCUGAAGAGGAUACACCUGUGCAAGAGGAUGAGUCUCAGGAGAAAGAGUCUGAGGAGAAGAAGACAAAAGAGGAGGUGUCUGAAGAAGAGCAAGACCAUGAGAUUCAGGAGGAAGAGUCUAAGAAAGAAGAGAGUGAGAAUGAGGCAAAGAUGGAGGAGUCUAAAGAGACACAAGAGGAUGUGACCAUGGACAAAGUGCAGGACAAGAAGACAAACAAAGAGGAACGGGCUGAGGAGGUGGAGAUGGAAAAGCUUGAGACCGAAGAGCCAGAGUCUGAGGAGAGGCCUGAGGACCAUGAGCCUGAGAACAGCUGGUGGCAAGAGGUGGAGUCUGACAAGAAGAAGAUGGAGCUGGAAGUGGGAGACAUUGAUCAUCUGCAGAACAGCCUCCAACAGUGUGACCUCAGCUUCCAAGCAGAAACGUCCAGAGUAAACUCUGAGUUUGGCCCUUCCAGCAGAAACGUUCUCCUACAGUUAGAGGACAUCACUGAGGACCUGCAGGACACUGAGGAAGAGGAGCAGAAGCUGCUGUCUGGGCUUCAGAGGAACGGUCGCAUUGACGUUAAUCAGUCUCCAUCAGAGAGUCUGCACAGAUGGACCUUCAACAGCAAAAACGUCUCCAACCUGGACGAAUCCAUAAAUGGCUUCAUGAAGAACAAGAGAGCUGCUGGGAAUUAUGAUGAAGAAGAGGGAGAUGCAGAGCUGCUGUUGAAGAGUCAUCCUAACAAGUCACUUCGGGUUCUUGGAGCUUCCACACCGAAACCAAGGCCCUCUGUGUCUUCUCCUCAGAUUACAGACAAGAGUUCUGGUGAAAAUGCUUUGGUGGCCUCCAGUCGUUCCCUCCUCCGGCCCAUCGUUGAUGAUCACGAUGUAGAAGACAUUGGUUCUGGUGUUGAUGGUGGUGGAGAUGUUUCAGGGCUCGACUCUGAGACAGAAGAGGAGAGCGUUGCCUUUUUAACCUGUAACGAGUCUCGGCUACAGGAGACACCUGGAAAGAGUCUAAAAGCUGAGGAUGAGGAGAAGAGGGAUGCUGGUUAUAUGUCAGAGGAGACGAAGCUCCUCACUGAGAAGGCGGAGAAACAAGCAGGAAAAAAAGAGACGGAGACAGAGGAUGAUGGAGAUCUGGACACAUCAGAGGCGAAAGAGGAAGAUGAUGUGAUUUGUUCAUCUCACGAUGAAGUAACCAACAAAGAGGAAGAGGAGGACGGGUCGAUGGUCAGAAAUGGGAACGACAGCGGCCCGCAGACCAAGAUGAGAGACACUCUGAACUUUUUCCUAAGGACCUUCAACAUCAGGAGAACCUGAGGGCCAGUUCCUGACGGGGGAAACCAGCAGACUGAAGCUUUAAGAUGUGGGUCCACAUAACGGCUGGGGAUGAAAACCAGAAACCCCCGUGAGGACAGACUUUAAAACUAGUUUGCUUCAGCUGGAUGCUGCAGCGAAACACUGAAGGGUUGACCUGCAGCAGGAUUUACCUUAAAAUAUUUUGUUUUAUCUUUAGCAAACAGAAGAAACAGCAGGAUCUUUUUUCACAAAGAUCCACCAGAAGGUUUUAUGGAGACCCUUUAUCCAGUUGUAUCCAACUGGAACUUAUCUUGACAAAAUGUCCCAAUUCAGCCAAAUAAACUAUAAAA